AUGUCGUCGGACGAGGCUGUGGGAGAUGCCCCGAGCACGCCAACCACUUCGACCGUCGAUGAGUCCUCUCUGGAUUCCAUUUCUGUCGGUGUUUCCUCCCUUGGGUUUGACAGUGGUGGCUCCGGCUCUUCCGAGUCUAGCGGCCGCGUAUCCGAGUCCCAAUCUCCUACCACCAAUUUCCUUACCAAGGACCGAGUCUGCUUGACUCCUGGCUCUACCGCGGAAGAGUCUCUGUACUACAGCGGUCUGCGGUCUCACCCUAGGUUGGUGUAUCGUUCUGGAGAAACCCCACGGUUGAUUCCCUCUGCUUUUCAACGGAACGAUUCGCACCCAUGGAUGGAAGUUGUGCCGGUAUUCGACUAUAAGCUCAAUCACAUCUUGGAGGAGCUCUCGGGAGAAAUAUGCAGGACCAUCGACAAAGCAUCCAUCUGCUGGUCUUCUAUUGACGUUGUCCGUUUCAAAGCCCGGGACCAGCCGAAGCCCGGUCCCGUGGUAUUGUGGAUUGGGAUACAUCCCGGUGACUUCGAAACACCCAAGCCCCCUCCGACCCAGGAAGCGGCUCGUGCCUUAGGUGGCUCCCUCAUCGAAAUUCUCCAGAAUAAAGGCAUCAAAGACGUGGAGAUUGAAAUGCGGCUCGCAAAAUGCGAAAUUUGUGUGGGCACUGGCGUCGGACCUUUCCUAACCCAUUCCGACAUUGCCGAGUCCGAGUCCUCUGCGUCCCAUUUCCUUCAUCUCCUUACUCCUACACUGGGUCUUCCUAUUGCUGCUGAGAAGACACCUACGGCAGAGGGCACUGGAGGGCUUUAUCUAAAGGAAGGGCCAGGCAAAGACGGGAGGACCUUCUUGCUCACGGCUCGCCACGUUUGCUUCAACCCGAAAGCACCGCCUUCAGAACAGAUCAUUGCGAAUCACGAAACCUACAACCUGAAUCCCAAAGUCCAACAUAAUCCUUCCAAGCACAGAAUCGUUCUCCUCGGAGAGUCCUCAUAUCGUGCUACUGUCGACACUAUCAAGAAUAAGAUCAAGGACGACGACAAGAAGAUCAAGAAGGCAGCAUCGACUAUCGGACAAAUAGAGGUAAAAUUGAAGGAGGGGACAGUUCUUGAAGACACGGCGAAAAAAAACAAAGCGAAACAGAGGGAGGAUAUGAAGACUGCACAAUAUUCUUGGGAUGCUCAUACAAAGGUCUUCGAAGAAUUCCUCAAGCGGGAAAAUAUGAACGAGCGAAUCCUCGGUCACGUAAUUUACUCUCCUCCAUGGGCUUUUGAUGUCGAUCCUCCGAACCCCGGGUCUAUUGGGCAUUCUGAAGACUGGGCUAUCAUCGAAGUUGACAUGAAAAAGAUGCCAGAAGGAGUUUCAAUCGAGGAUUUGAACUUCAUUGACCUUCGUACGAUUUUUUUCUCUUUUAAGAGAUGGCACUCGGAACUCAUUAUGCUCUCUGGGUACCAAAACGCCAGCUCGUUCCGCUUCCCCAAAGGCGGCUUGUUUCGUAUUCGAGGGAUAGUGAACAAGGCAACGCUGAUGGAUCCCCAAACGUUCGUCGACCUCGAAGCGUUGGCCAAUCCCGAUUCGCUCGAGAGAAAUGAGUGGAUGCGUUUCCCCGUCCUCAAGAGUGGCAGAUCCAGUGGCGUAACUAUCGGUCGUGGCAACGGCAUCAAUUCGAUUGUUCGUGAAUACGACACUCUCGGGAGACCUGUGAAGACCUCUUUGGAGUGGUGUGUCCUUUCCGUGAUCGACAAGCAACCGUUCUCUGAACAGGGCGAUUCGGGCUCUAUCAUUGUUGACCACCGCGGCCAAGUUGCUGGUAUGCUCGUGGGAGGCUCUGACGACCGCACUCAUAACCGGAUGGCUGAAAUUGAUAUCACGUAUGCGACACCGUUCUACUGGCUCAUGGCAAGGAUUCAAAACAAGUUCCCCGACGUUUAUAUUCCUUGA